AUGACGAUAAAUGCUGAUGUUAAGAAUAGACACAUCGUAGAGCAUAUUCAGUGGAAGGACUGGCCUGACAGAGGUGUACCACCAACGAAUCUCUCAUCCUUUCGACUCCUCAUGCGUGUGAGGAAUCUAACCCCGAUUGUUGUGCAUUGCUCCGCUGGCAUUGGACGAACUGGCACUAUCGUUGGCUUAGAUCUAAUUUACUCAAAACUAGAAAAAGGAUCUAUUGUAACAUUGGAAAAUAUUGUGCGAGGCCUUCGAAAAGAUCGGCAUGGCUCUGUGCAAACAGAUGCGCAAUACCUAUACAUGCACCGAAUCCUCAUUGCCGUGGCAGAAAAUAAAAGGGCAAGCUGUCUUUGUAGAAACAAAGAAAAUAUUGUUCAUGCACUCAGGUCUUUUCAGGUGGUUUCUGCUGCGGAUAUUCAGAAGUUUGUAACCGACUACGACACGUAUUGUAAGGCAAAAGGAUACUGCAAAUAA